AUGCAUGUUUUGACCAAGGAGUUGUCAUGGAGUGCUUGCCAUGCAGUAACAAAACACUCCCACACCCUUGUUUGCGACGUCGAGGUGCCACAUAACUGUCAAUGCAAGUCUGUGCAAGAUGCAUGCUUGGAGCAAGGAUUUGUCAUAGAAUGCUUGUCAUGCAGUGACAGAACCCUCCCACACCCUUGUUUGGGACAUCGAGAUGCUCUACAGGCAAUGUUUCGUCUUGCCAUAUCCCACAUACUCUAG